ACAAUUAUUUGGAUUUUUGAUCGGGUUCAAAUUUCACUUUGGUAUUUGGAUGUUUAAGUUUUUCCAUUUAUUAUUUUAUAUUUUAAAGAUUUAGAAAGCCGAUUUAUCACUCUGCAUCAUUAACUAUAUUUACUAAGCUUUUCAAAUUAAGCUCGACCAUUGUCAUAGUACCUUCUGUCUGCCACCACGAAAACAUUUCAAUGUAUGUCAUUAAAUGAGAAUUAUUGGGAUAUAACACGAAGAUUUUGCAUAAUAUUCCCUAUUUAAUAUUUGAUAAAGUAUUCUGUACCAACCAGCAAGAUCGAAUCCAAAAUGAACAGUUAUUUAUCACCUCGUCUGAUGAUGGGUGCUGCUAUCGUAGGUCUUGUGGGCGCUGCUGGAAUGUUUCUAUAUGAACAAGUCUAUGCUGAGAAAAGGAGAGCUAUGUUAUUAAGUGAAGUGGCCAAAUUGGACAAGCAAGUAUCAAGCAUGCGCACAGAAUUGGAAGUAUUAAGAGAAUUACAGAAAGAAACACGUAAUAGAAAUGAGAGCGAGUCCUCACAGCGUGUUAGACUAGCGCGGCGAGCGAAAGCAAAGCCCCGAGUACGUCGUGAAGUAACCCCCGCUGGGGACGCAACCGAUUCUGAAUAUUAUACCGAUUGUCAUUCACUCGUUGGCACAGAUAUAGAGUUCGACAGUGAAGAAUUUUAUGACGUUCCGUCUGACGAGGAAGACACUCUCAAAGAGUCUAUUAAAAAUGGAGUUCUUACGUCUUCGGAGAGCUUAGAAAAGGAUACGGUACAGACACCGCCCUUAAAACCGCCGAGAACCGAAAGUACAUAGCUCAUUUAGGAAUUAUAUUGAUGAUAUACUUAGUACUUCGGGCAGGGAUAGUGUAGUUAGUUUUGUGUUAACUGGAAUAUAGGAAAUCAAAUAUACCAUACAUAUGACACUUUAAAUGCUAAUUAUACACAUAUGUAUGUAUGCCGACAACUUAUUAAUAGCUGUAAUAAUAUAAAUAUUUAAGAAACUAUUUACUGAAUUCCAUUAAAUGUACUAAAUAAUUAAUAAAAAUAUUAUGGAUGAUUAUAAAAUUGUAACUUGAUUAUUUUUCAGUUGUAUUAAUUGCCUUGAAGUGUCAUGUGCGGUUUGAAUUAAGAUCUGUAAGAAAUAAUAAUUACUUCACAUUAAUUUUUACCAAAAUAACUUUAUCUACUUCGUUCGGGUUUAUUUCUUUAUUUUACUUUACUACUACUACUGUUUUUUUUAAAUUAAUGUGAAUUUUAAGCAUUUAUAGGGUUUAGUAGAGUACGUCUCGAGUAACGGUCAAUUGUAUGAUGGGUGACCGGUAUUGUAAUUCAUAUUACAGAAUUAUUAUUUUUUUGUAUAUUUCGAUGAUAAUUAAAUUGUUACUUAUAUCCAGACUACCCUAAUAUUUUCUUGUUUCAAGAAUUUCAUUUAUCUAUAUUGACGCUGAUGAAAUCUGAGCUAUAUAUCGUAAACAAAAAACAUUUCUCAUGACUGAAUGAGCCUUAUAGUUAUUUAAAAUUAAUAGUUACAUAAGAUAUGACUUACUUUAUAUACUGGAGUCAUACUUAGUCUCUGACCAUAGUUGUUUUUAUUGUUUAAUUACAAGAUAAUUUAACAAAAUCUUGUAUUUGUAAUCACCGGGUGUCUGGUAUAACAUGAAUUAUUAUAAUUGUGACAUUUGAUGCCAAAAAUCGACCACCGAAUAAUGCUCAAAAUAUGUAAUUGUAUAUAUGAAUUGGUAUUCUAAAUAUUAUUAAAUAUUAGUAAACAUUUAACUUUGUGACAUUUAUUUUAUUUUAUCUACUCUGAAUGAGCUAUCAUAUCCGACUAAUAAAUGCUAAAAUUAAAUGAUUAAUAAUAAACCUUUAGGAACAUUUAUUUCUAUUAUUAAACAUUGAUUUGCAAAUUUA